AUGUCGAACAGCGGUCCUUCCUCCACUACCCAUCCUGAUCCAUCUCUCCAUUGCCUCCGCAAUGCUUUUGCACUAUCCUGGGGAUCACGUCCACGUGUGCUCCUCACUGGCCUUCCCUCACUCUUCCACCGUUCCCAACCAAACACCGAUGAACACGUCGAACUCCAGCAACGCAUAGGACUUAGUACUUCCUCUCGCCCUAGUCCUCCUGUUGUCGACAUUCCUGCACUAGAUGACAAAAAGGCACUGUAUGUUACUCGGCCGCCAGAACGAGCUAGCGACAAAGCAAAACGUGUCGACACCUCCAAAUGGUGGGCUCGUGUUGUGUUGUUCCUCUGCUGUUUGUCUCCGUCCAACGACGACGGUCACUGA